AUGAACAUCAUAUCGACUGAUUUUAUGUCACACAUCUAUGUAUAUGACACUGGGGUUAAUCAUACUCCGACUAAUCCGAUCGAACUUGUACAAUGUCCAAUGUUAUGCCAUAAAGAUGCACGAUGUCGCACCAUAAAAUAUUACCGUAGUUGGCUCGAUUAUCUUUAUGAUAACAUUGAUUUAACUCCGAAAUAUAAUCAAUCCUGUGAUUAUUGUGCUCAAGAUCGAUAUUUGGUUUGCCGAAACGAUACAUGUCAAUGUCCAGUACAUACUUAUUGGACUAACAAAACAUGCCAAUCACAAUCUUUCACAGGGGCACCAUGUAACAGUAGUAGACAAUGUCGCAAUGACCUGGGUCUGGUUUGUUCACGAGAAAAUAAGACAUAUACACCCAUGUCAGUUGUUCGAAUACCUGUUAUCGGUGGAACUUCACAAGCACAAUUCUCUAAUCUAGGCAUCGAACUAAAUACAACCGGAGAUGAAUGGUGGCGCGCUUUCGACAACGACAUUUAUACUAUUUGGAAUCCUCAUAGUUACCUCUUACCUGACUAUCUUUGUAUCACGUUCAAUGAUAAAUAUUUAUUGAGCUCUUUUCAGUUGACAAUCUACGAUGAUGCAUGGCAUGACCCGAAAACGAUUUACAUGUACUUGGGCCAAUCAUUUUCCUAUCCAGCGAUUAACAACGGUACAUAUUACCACACAUUGUCUCCCAUCUUAUUUAAUAUUGCAAACAACCCAUUGGCAACUAAUCAACUCCUCCUUAUGAUCAAUCCUUGGAAAACAAAUCAAGUCUGGGAAUGUGAAUUCACGUUCUUUGGUGGUCUGUAUUAA